UAGAUUUAAAAUGGCUGACAUGAGCUGGAAGACCAUGGACCGUGGUAUCAUGGACUGGCUGGACAGCAAAAGAGCCAAAAUCUUGAGAGUCUCCAAUGACAGGGAGUCAUUUCAGAACUGUGCAUUUUGCUCACUUGCUAUUAAGCUGAAGAAGAUUCGGAGAUCACUUGACACUAUGAAGAGCAUGAAUGAUACUCUAAUGAAGCAGGAAGAAAGAAAAGCAAAGAGAUGGCUAGUAAAGCAAGCUGAAUUAUUACCAGCACCAUCAUAUAAGAACUUAUGUAAGAUGCCAUCCAGUGAAAUGACCCCAGAGGCAAACCAAGCCAUUCAACAGGUUUCUGGGAGACAUUCUACUGAAACUCCAUGUAGCCAGUUUGGUGACCAUCUGUCUAACUUUGUCAGCUUUCUGCGACGUCCAACAAAAAGAACAGACACAAAACACUCCAAAGAUGUAAUUCCUUUCAGCAGAACUGACCUAUCCUUAAAGACAGUUUCAGCAAAAAAUUCUUAUGACCCCCAAGUCACCUCUUACAAUAUGCAUCCUACAGCUAGCAUUUCCAAGAAGGGUAGCAGUGCCAGACGACUUAACAUGGAAAACAACAACUUAUCCACACGAGAUGCAAUCUCAAGAUUUCCAUCUUUGCAAAAGUUAUCGGUAACAGGAGACAAGCUCUCUUUUUCUAAACUUGCUCUGCAUGACCCAUUCUAUGGAUCCCCAGCAGCUGAGAAGAGAAUGAAAAGUAUCUUCGAAAGCCCUUGGCAGGAGGAGAGACUCAAGCAGACAGUGACACUACCACAGAUCAGACCUGAAGAAUUUUUGAGCUGCAGAUACCUCCGUUUGUCACAAAGCAAUAUUAACACCUUGCUACAGCUGUGUAAGGAAUCGGGAGUUCAUAUGGAGAUUCACCCACAUAUGAAGGAAUCUGAAAUCAACAUCAAUACUGUUCUCUCUUCAAACCUCAGUACAGCACUGUAGAGCUUUAAUUCUCUCACCAAAC